AUGGUUAUCGCGGCGCAAGAUGUUUCUGAGAUUGCUCGUGAGCGCGAGACCUUCAAAUAUGAUGCGCUCACCAUCUCGACUGCGGGACUCCACGGCCCCGAUCCGCCCAAGUCCAUUCCGUCUGUAUUCCUCUCAUCGACGCCGGACCCGGGUCUGACGGCCUUUGCGCAGCUGGGUCUCUACAAGCUCAAUGCUGCCCGCUCGAUGAUCUCGCUCUUCGACCGCAAAUACCAACAUAUCGUCGCCGAAGCGCUUCGGCCCGAGCUUGGCCAAAAGGAUAAUCAAGAAAAUCAAAACUGGUUCAACGGCCUCGCUUUCGAGCGUCUGACCAGUGUUUGCGAACAUGUGGUCACUGGCGAGGCGGUGGCUCAGUCCAUCCCCGGCACGGAGCAUGGUCUUGGCGUGGCCGACAUACCAGUAUCCAUUAUCAAACAUCUCGAUGGAGAUAAGCGAUUCUGCCACAUCCAAGAUCCCACGCGGCAGUUUUACGCCGGGGUGCCGAUCCGCUCGCCUGCCGGAAUCAAUAUCGGAGUCUACUGCAUUUUCGACUCGAGGCCGCGACCGGGAGGGUUGAACGUCGAAGAAGUGCGCUUCAUCCGUGAUAUGUCAAAGGUUGUCAUGGACUAUCUGGAGAGCAAGAGAAGCCAUGAAUGUUACCGACGCGAACAGCGCAUAGUACGCGGGAUGGGAAGUUUGAUCAACGGGGAGGCGACACUAUGGAAAGAGGAGUCCACCUCAAUCGAUCCGACAGCAUUUCGGGACAUGCCUGGCUUGAGCGAAGGGAUAUUGAAUAAAAAACUACAGUCAACGACAACAGCCACCGGUGAUCCUCAACAAUUGGAGCACAAUAUGGCAUCGGAUGAGGAAUUGCCCAUUUCGUACGAGAUGCCGACCGCCUUCGGUGGCCACAGCAUCCCAAAGCCCCCAAAGCGCGUGACGAUUGAUUCUGUUCAGUCUCCCAAGGCACUUUCCACGACAGUGGCUGAGGCGACGAUUGAUACAAAACCUUCUGCAGAGGCUCCUAGAACGACCCCGGCUGCAGCAGUAAUGAAAACACCAGUGGCCAAGCCGCGAAUCAGCCAAAUGGGUUCGUUGCGCAGCGAGAUAGAGCGCAACUUCUCAAGGGCUGCUAACGUCAUCCGCGAGGCUUUUGAAGUACAAGGCGUACUUUUCUUAGAUGCCAGUGUACGCUCAUAUGGUGGUCUGGUCACGAACAUUACCUCCGAGACUGAGCCCGGCUCGUCCGGACUCAGCAGUAGCAGCGGUGACGAUGGCCAGCGCAGUCCAACUGGAUCAUUCACGACAAGAUCUUCGUCUAUUUGUGAUGUGCUGGGCUUUUCCAAGUCACAUAUCUCGUCAAUACUGGGGGAUGCCAUACCAAACGAAUUCACAGAAUGUAAAGAGUGGUUUCUCCAACGCCUGCUGCGACGCCAUCCACGUGGGCGAACGUGGAAUUUUGAAGCAGACGGAACUCUAUGCGACCCUGCAGCGAGCUCAGACAGCGACCUGUCUCCUUUGGAAAGCGUGGAAGCGCCACCAUCAUCACUGCGAGAAACAUCCAAGAGUCAUGAGACGGACGAAAAAGCAGCAAAGUCCUCCAAGAAAUUGAUCAAUACGGCGGCGCGCAUCAUCAAAAUGUUCCCUGGUGCAAGGAGUGUGGCCAUUGUCCCUUUGUGGGACGCGCAGACUGGACGUGUUUAUGCUGGAGGGUUCAUAUGGACAAAGACGCCAACUCGGACCUUCUCGGAGGAGACCGAACUGAGCUGCCUACGUGUCUUUGCGCUAACGGUCAUGGCUGACGUUGCACGCCUCAAGCUACAGUCGGCUGAGGAGGCAAAGACUGAUGUCCUCGGAUCCAUCAGCCACGAGCUUCGAUCACCAUUACAUGGGUUGGUUGGUGCGGUCGAACUGUUGAAGGACACCUCGUUGAACACAGUACAAGAUGGUAUUCUGAAUGCCAUUGAGUCGUCUGGGAGGACGCUGCUAGACACGAUUGAGCAUUUACUUGAUUAUGUCAAGACGAACUCCAAAAAGUCGUCUCGCUCUCGACGCAGGGGAUCAUCCAUAGAUACAAGACAGAGACUGUCUUCGACGACAGGGCCACCAGUCCAGCUGGAUUUGCUUGUCGAAGAGGUAGUGGAAAGCGUACUUGCAGGUUACAAGCAUCUCACAAGGUCGCAAACACAUGCUUCUACACCCUUCACAGCGUCUACUCCGCAACGACUUUUCACAAGCAAGGGCUCGCACGCUUCGGCCGGUGAGCUCCUUGCAGACCGACCUCCUGGUGGCGCGGUCCAGUGUUCACUGGACAUUGAUCAUUCUACUAAAUGGGCUUUCCGCAUGCAUCCUGGUGCAUUCCGACGCGUCGUCAUGAAUCUGUUUGGUAAUUCGCUCAAGUUCACAACCUCGGGCUUUAUCCAUAUUUCGCUACGCCAGGAAAGCCAGAAAGAUCAUAAAGGCGCUCCUGACACCACUCGUGUUGUGCUCAGCGUGUCCGACUCGGGCAAGGGUAUGACGGAAACAUUUCUUCGCAACCACCUGUUCACACCAUUUUCACAGGAGGAUCAAUUCGCCGUGGGGACUGGACUAGGGCUCAGCCUUGUUCGCCAUACAACAGAAGCCUACGGCGGCACUAUUGAUGUGUCAAGCAAGAUUGGAUUCGGGACGACAGUGACAGUGAAGCUACCACUGCUUCCGGUUUCUGAGCAAGCACUCGAUAACGACGAAACAAGUUUCUGGCAGGAUGUCAAAUCCCUCGCAGGACAGCGCGUGCAAUUUUGUAAAUCUGAGGAGGGAAUAACAACCUUUGGCUCGGACGCCAGUGGGCCGAAGCUCAAGUCGCAACAGCAGCUGAUCGAGGGGAUUUGUCAGAAUGUGCUAGGGAUGGUAAUGCUAACAACAGACCAUUCUGAACCUUUACUUCCAGACUAUGUUAUUUGUAUGGCGGGAAAUGGACAUACUUGCUCAGACUCCAGGAGUCAGCAGAGGACAUUCCAGUGCCCAUAUAUAUUCAUCUGCGAUGACUUGGCUUCUGCACAUAGAUCAUCAGCGGCUGACCAUAGUCGCUCGCUCGGCGUAUAUGAGUUCUGCUCACAACCCGUUGGGCUCCGGAAACUGGCAAGGACAUUGCUGAACUGCCAGCGGCGAUGGGCAGCACUCCAGGGCUCUGGUAUUGCCUUGGAAUCAGAAACCAAGCUUAUUGUCGAAAGUCCUUAUAUGCAGCCAGAGGAACGGGCAUGUUCGCCGGCCCUUCAUCCAGCCUUGACACUCAGGCUUGAGAAAGAUGACCAAAUUUCUAUUGCGAUAUCGUCUGAUUCCUCAAGCAAAGCAGAGGAUGGGAAUGGUACAAUCGCAGUAGCUGAAAUAUUGGCGACCCAGGUCAGAGAGAUCGUGAGAGUACUUCCUGCGGCAUCUGAUGUACGAAGACCAAUCUUGAUCGUGGAUGAUAAUCAAAUCAACCUCAAGGUCAUGGCUGCGUAUCUGACAAAACUCAAGUAUACAUGUAUAACUGCGACCAAUGGACUCGAAGCAUUAAAUCUCUACAGCGAGGCUCCAGCCAAGUACAGCUGUGUGCUGACAGACAUUUCGAUGCCUGUAAUGGAUGGCCUGGAAUCAACGCGUCGCAUUCGCGAGUUCGAGCUCUCGGGUGGCCAUAAGCCCGUAGUGGUGAUUGCCUUGACUGGCCUUGACCGGGCUGGAGUGCAGCAAGAUGCGCUCGCGAGUGGUGUAGAUCUCUUUUUGACACGACCGCUGACCAUUCGUGGUUUGGAAAAAGCGCUUCUUGCCAUGGGUCUGGGUUGA